AUGCCGUAUUCUCCUGCUACCCUAGCAGACAUUGAUCCAUCUUGCUCUGCCGGCUCCGCCAUAUGGAUGUCCCAGACUUGGCAGCUUUAUUUUGGUAUCCAAGAGCCACACAUCCCAGGCAGGGUGUUGCGCCAGUUCGGCUUCUUGCAGCGGGUGCCUGACAACACUUUCAUGGAGAAAAAAGAAAUAGAAAAGUUGCAUAAGGAGACGCGUGGUAAGAAACGUCGAGAUGACGUCUUACAGAGGUGGGAGACUCGACACAACACCCUUGUAGGUCUUCAGACGGAUAUGACUCUUGAACCCAUGCAGAACCGGAAUAUGUAG